AUGAUAACAGGAGGAGAUUUCUACAAGGUGAUGUGCGCCAUGGUUCCUCUCUACUUCGCAAUGCUGGUGGCGUACACCUCCGUGAAGUGGUGUAAGAUCUUCACGGCGGACCAGUGCGCCGGGAUCAACCGCUUCGUGGCGGCGUUUGCAGUCCCGGUGCUCUCCUUCCACUUCAUCUCUCAGAACAACCCCUUUGAAAUGGACACAAAGUUCAUCGUGGCCGAUACCGCGUCGAAGAUAUUCGUGCUGGUUCUCGUCUCGCUCGGGGUCGCCGUCUUCCCCGGCGUCGGCGGCCUCGACUGGGUUAUCACUCUGUUCUCGUUGGCCACUUUGCCUAAUACUUUGGUGAUGGGGAUCCCUCUUCUCAACGCCAUGUAUGGCCAUUUCACUCAGUCUCUUAUGGUUCAGCUCGUCGUUCUUCAAUGCAUCAUUUGGUAUACAUUGUUGCUCUUCCUCUUUGAAUAUAGAGCGGCUAUGUUAUUGAUACAAAACCAAUUUCCUGGCCCCACUGCUGCAGCUAUUACCAAAUUCAAACUCGACGCUGACGUCAUCUCACUCGACGAUCGAGACCAGUUGAUCUUGACGGAGUCCGAAAUCGACAACGAAGGUCGAAUUCGAGUCAGAAUUCGACGGUCAACCUCGUCGGCGCCAGACUCUAGUUUGUCAUCAAUCGGCAUUACGCCGAGAGCGUCGAAUCUCUCCAAUGCGGAAAUCUUCUCCAUCAACACCCCGACACAGCUCAACAGCCCGCACCAACCCACCAACUUGAAUUCCGGGUACUCGUCGGACAUGUACUCACUCCAGCCGACCCCUCGGGCAUCAAAUUUCAAUGAGAUGGAGACGACAACGACGGCGGGGAAUACUCCGACGUGGGGGAGGUCCCCGAUGGGUGGGAGGAUUUUCCGGCAGGGAAGUCCGGCGGUUGGGAGCGUGAAGAUGGUGUGGGAGUCGCCGGAGAAUGGAGGAGGAGAGGGACAAGGAUACAAAGCUGUAUUGCCAGGUAUUCGAGCUCAAAACGCUCAAAUGAGCGUUCAAUGGAAGGUGGCGAUGCCGAGUGUGGUGAAAUACUCAAUAAAGAUAAUAUCAGACGCAGGUUUGGGAAUGGCAAUGUUCAGCUUAGGAUUGUUCAUGGCGCUGCAGCCGAGAAUCAUAGCGUGUGGGGGAAAGAGGGCGACGGUGGGGAUGGGGAUCAGGUUCAUAUGCGGACCCAUCGUAAUGUCGGCUGCAUCACUCGCCGUUGGCCUGCGCGGCGUUACGCUACACGCUGCCAUUGUUCAGGCAGCUCUUCCACAAGGAAUUGUGCCCUUCGUGUUUGCGAGGGAGUACGGGCUGCAUCCAGAUAUUCUCAGUACUGGGGUGAUAUUUGGAAUGUUAGUCUCUCUACCAGUAACCCUCCUCUAUUACAUACUGCUGGGCCUCUGAAGAUUGAUCAUAUAAAUUAGAAGCAGCAAUAAAAGGCAAAAGAGAAUCCAAAGGCAUUGAAAUUAUCCCAUCACUCAACAUGACAAAAACCCCAAUUAUAAGUCGACCAACUUCUUCAUGUCGUUUCAGACAAUCAUGUUCAAAGCCGACAAUUGGUGUAUUGUCAUUAAACUGUCGAUGCCCAAAGUCAAAUGGGGUUUUAAGGUUUUCCCAUUUUUUCUAAAGAGAGUGGGAAUGUAUAAUUGUUCUUCGAAGUUUCAGUGGUGGCCGAAAGUGGGAGUUUGAAAAAUGUGUGUGUGUGUGUUUUUGUUCUUGAUUAAAUGGCUUA